AUAUACAACCUUUAAAUCCAACAUCUUUGACUCAAUAAGUUGAAAAAUAAUGCAGGACAUGAAAUGAUUGUAACAAUGCCUGAAAUAAUAGAGAACAAUACAGUUAAAGUUGGGAUCAUACCUGAAGAGUGUCGGUUGGACGUGAUAAAGAGCGUCGUAUAUGGUGGACUCCUUGAAUUUAUCACUAGCUUAAGUGUCGUAGUUUGUGCUGCGGGUGGAGACGCUUCUACAUUGAAUAUAGUAGCUUUGGCACUGGCAAAUGUUUUUGGAGGACUUCUUGUUCUUGCACAUAAUCUUCGCACGCUGAAACAAGAGCAGAACACAGAGCAUUAUGAACAACAACUAGGGAAGCCAGGCCAUUUUCUACUCCAUGCAACAAUCACCAUCAUAUCCUACCUUGUGUUUGGCCUAAUGUCUCCAAUAGUCUAUGGUUUUUCCUUCUACAAGAGUGAUAACAAGUACCUCAAACUCGCGACACUUGCACCAGUUUCUCUUAUCUGCAUCACAUUGCUUUCGAUAGGAAAAGCAUACACCCAAAGGCCUCCUAAGACGUAUAUGCAGACAGUGUUCUCCUACAUCAGUCUCGGCGUCAUGGUUGCUGGACCUGGAUAUAUAGCAGGUCAAUUAGCAAACAUGCUUCUUAAGAAGUUUCAAGUGUUUGAUGGUGGUUUGACUCUAAUUGAAGCGGAAGUAGUGAAGGGAAGAGCAUGGUCUUCUUAUUGAUUAUUGUUGGCAUUCAUUUUCAGAGGUUGCAACUUGUUAAGUUUUUACAAUUCUUUGUCACUAGUGUUUUGCUAGAACAGUUUGUAUGGUUGAACUGUAAAGGGGGGAAGGUAUGACUUGAGCAGAUUAAUAGAUUGAUACAAAGCUAAUUGACCAGGCAAUACUUAAUUUUUCA